AACAAUCAGACUGUCAGGAGAGAGACACCAGGCUGGAAAAGAAAAGGAGAGGAGAGACACUGACGGGGAGGUGGGAGACUGUCAGGAGAGAAAGGAUACUCCAGAAAGAGAGAGGCUGAUACCCCCGGCAAUGGGAGUUCUAAAGACUUCUGGCGCUGACGAAAGAGAGGUUUAAAGAGAGAGGCACCGGUUUAAAGGUCCAAAGGCUUCUGGCACACAGUAGGGUUGGGUGUUCCUCGCUACAUAGAGCAGAGACAGCUUGCACAAUAUGUGACUCCACGCAUCUGGAACCAUGAGGUCUCAGACCCCCGUCCAGCUCUGUCUUCUAUUUCUAUGGAGCACUUGGGGAGAUUUCCAUCAGCCGAUGUCAAACACAGGACUGACCCCCAACUGCAACUCAAUGACUCAGUACUUUAAUGAAGAGAUCGGCGAGUGUUGUGACAGAUGCCCCCCAGGUAUGUUUGCUACACGGAGGUGCAGUUAUAAAUCAAAAACACGGUGUCAACAAUGCAGUCCUGGAACCUACACGGAAGUAUGGAACUACGCCAAAACCUGUAGGCGAUGUCGGACCUGCGGGCUGGACUUACAGGUAGAAAUAAAUUGUUCCACCACCCAGAACACAAUCUGCGGCUGCCUAUCUGGUUACGUUUGCCAGUCGAAUAAUGGGAACUGUGAAGAAUGUAUCCCAGAUGCCAUCACACCCACAGGUCUAAGUCAGGCAACACAGCCCACCACACAGAAAACAAUUGAGAUAAGCUCCUUAAUAACAGGUAGAUCUGUCUGGAUCAUCGCUUUACCGCUUGGGAUCUUUUUCCUGCUCAGCAUAGGAAUUAUAAUCAUUAUUAAAACUUCCAUCUGGAAACCAAUAGCUCAGGAAUGCAGACGGAAACAAUUAAAUAAGACAAAUGAGCAUGAGGGGCAAAAUGCAGGGGUAAAAAGACAUCAGACAUUCCCCCUCUUGCCAAUCGCACGGGAAGCUGAAUCGCAGCAGCCGAAAGGACCCAUUCUGCAGCCAGAAAGCGAGAGCCUUCAAUGCAAAGACAUGUUGACCUCCACGUGCCAAUGCCACGGAAUGAGUGCAGCAGAAAGAAAAUGCUGUACGGGUUCCAGAAUUCUGCACCAUAAUUGUAUCAUUGUUGGGGAACUCAUUCAGUGUUCGCAAAAUCACCCGGCAGAUUCCGAAUGUCUUUCAAUCCCUUAUCAAGAAGAGGGGAAAAGUCUACACUUUCCCAUCGAGGAAACUCAACCUCCUCAGAGCAGUAAAUAUUCAUUCAGAGAGUACGCCACUCCAGAGUGACUCGGGAUUAAUGACUGUACACUAGAGGUUUUGUUCCCAGUGGGCUAACUGGCCACCAGAUGGAGUGGACAUCUAUAUGCGUUCAGCUCGGGACCAC